AUGGCCACUGAAGCCACUCUUGAGAAGCCCGCCGAUGCUCCUGCCUCGACCGAUUCUCAACCCACUCCUGACUUUGAAACUACCCGCCAAGAUGGUGUCCAGAAGCCAUCUCUAAACGGCGGCCGCUCCAGCGACGACAUCGAGAAUAAACGCAUCACCGCCGUCGAAGACCAGAGUCAUUCCACGGACGUUAGCGUGAGUGGAGGGUCGGACACAGAGGCAUCUAGAGCGGACUCGUCGAAGCCUCUGAAUGACGACAAAGGCCAUGAAAGGACCUCAUCUACUGUUAAGAAACCGACUACCUUCAAGGCGGUUUCUGUCAACAAGACCUUCCUGGCGUCCAAGGCUGGAGGUUCAACAGCCGCUGCUAAAUCUAGCGACAAGAACUCAGCAGCAUCGGGCAUGUCAAGCUCGCCGCUGAACUCCUCGGGUUUCUUAUCCAACCGCCCACGGCUCAUCGCCAAAACUGGCAGCGGAAGCCGGGACUCGAUUCCACGAUUCGCAGCAAACGGCGGCAAGCCUGCAGCAGCACCAGACCCAACUAGCGUCUGGAACAAAAAUCGACCAACACCUACCCCCGAAACCAAGAAGAUGUCAGACGAAGAACUGAAAAAGUACGGUAUCCACAUGGCAACUCGACUUCAUUCAGAGGACAACAAGGGCCAGUCAAAUUGGGCCGAUAUCGACGACGACGAUGACGACUGGGCACCAGAGACCAUCACUUGGACGGACGGCACAAAGAUAACCCUACCCCCUCCCGAUGAGACGCAAAACAGUUCUGUGGGGCCCGCCCAGGCUGGUGGAACCGCGAUUGCAAAAGACAAGUCAGCGAGUGACAAGACGAGAUCAGCGGCGCCGUCGAGGACUGCUUCGCCUUCUGUCAGAUCAGGUGGUCUAGCAUCCGGCAAAGGCUUAAUCUUGAAAGCGGGAUCUACGGAGAAGGUCACUCUAGUCACCAAGCCUUCCGCACCCCCACCCCCGGCCAAGUCUCCAUGGGCGCCUCUGCCACCUAUUCAGAAAGCCUCUCCGGUGGUCGUAGAUUCCCUUCCCCUACAUACGAGCCCCCGCCUCCCGCUGAGGGAGCCCCACGCCCAUAAGUCGUUCCAGCACCCAGCAGCGAGGGAAAUCGCCGCAGACGACUUUAGCCGGUCAUCUUGGAGAGAUGGCCCCAACAUGGCAAGCAGGGAACUCUACAACUCCCAGUCCGGGCGCUACGAGCCAGUGCAGGAUCGCCGAGGCUCGUUUAGAGGGGACGUGUAUAGUCGACCGGCCCUUCUACAACGCCCUCACCCACACCACCAUGAUUCCACUGAACCAUCCCCUACUUUUCAAGCCUCCCGGCCAGUACAAGAUGGUCCAUUCGGCAGACGCCGUGGCUCUUCCAACGUUAGUGGUGGCAGUGGACUUCUGCAGAGGGCAGGGAAGGGUUACGACGCUGGCUCUAUGCCGCCACCAGAUGUUCUAAAUACCCGAAGAGGGUCGUUUGCCGCCUCUACCGACAGUCACAUUUCACCGAGGAAUUUCUCGCCGUCCGGUCAAGCCGGAGCAAGGCUUCAGUCCAGUCAUGGCUGGCCGUCUAGGACUUCUCCGGCCGCAGCCUAUGCUACUCCGCAUUAUUCCCACGCCCAUUCGGAAAAGCCACCUACUCCUCAGGGUGGACCCGGGUCUAAUGUCGCCUUACAAUCUGAAGAGGACACAGUGGAGUUCCAGAAACGGUUGAUGCGGGAAAGGCGCGAGGAAGCAAUCAGACGGAGAUUAGAAGAAGAGGCACGGGAAGAGGCCGCAAAGGCUGAACGUAUUCGCCUGAAACUCGAGGCUAUGGGACCUCCCCCAGAGAGGAAGAGUGCAAAAAAGGAGCUCACUACUGCGGACAACGCGGACGCCGCCACCACCACCCCAUCCCUCGCCCAUAGCACCGUUUCGGUUCCCGGCCAGGCGACCACCACCGCGAAUGAUCAGAACAUCGCUUCUCAAGAAGACCAAGGUACUUCCAAACCGGCAACCAUUUCCACGGCAACGACUUUGCCGGCUGGUCUUCCGAGCGAGCUAUCUGCAGACUCCCAGCCACAGUCAAAGCCUACGAUGCAGCAAGACAUGGGCCAGCCUCAUAUCUGGCAGGCUCCAGCACAGCCAUCUUCCAGUCGGCUGACUUCGUGGCCAUCCAGUAGCCAACAACCAUCACGCAACGUAUGGGGCUCUCCAAACAAUGACCGCGGCUUAGGGAACGGCACCUUCAAUCCAGAUUUAGGGCGGGUACCAGAAUCCCGAGCAACUCAACUCCCCCAACACCCAGCGAAAGAGCCAGCUCCGAUUGGACCUCCCAGCGCAAGAGUACUCAGCCAACAGCCACCUACGCAAGCUUACCCGGCCGCUCGUCUGGACAGAUAUGGCGCACCUGAACCGCGCCAAUACAGCGAGAAACAGAAUCAGUGGGUGGCAUCGGUUCUCCAGAGCGACGCCUCCUUACGGGAACAGCGGGCAAGGGAGCGAGCCGAUUUUGACCAGCGUCUUGCUGAGCAGGGCUUAACGUACGAUGAUGCUCAACCCACCAUUAAGCAAUCCUGGCGCCCAGAUUCAGGCCCAUCCCGACCUGAGCAAGUGUCUCGUGUAGCGGCCACUUCCUGGGGACGAGCCGUCGAUGAAGGUAGCAAGCAUAGUAAUUCGAUAUCUCCGGACACACACGCUCCCAAUGGUGUGAUCAGCGGUUCCGGGGCAGCCGCCAUUCUCACUUCAAACGCUUCGGCCGCCACAUCAGCGCAACCACGCGCGUCGAGGUUCUUCCCACCCAAGGAAAGAGACACACGAGCCGGCACACACACCAAUUCGGAAUCCGAACGACCAAAGUCUCCAUCACCUCCACCCCCUACAAUGGACGAUCAUCCUGCCUACGAUGGCGAUGCAUCCCACCCUCAUGUGUCCUUGCCCCCGCCUCAACCCAUUGUUAAACUGCCACCUGCUCCCCCAACGUCGGCAUCUGGUCAAGCUCCAAAGGCAGAUUCGACUUGGCUCAACUCCACCCAUCACAGGCCUCUUCACAGCUCUUCAACAAGUGGCUCAACCGCGGCCCAUCAUUCCUCUAUAACCAUACAUAGUCCACCACAAUCUCAGCAAGAAUGGCAGGAGAAAAUAUACGAGUUAACCGGACGUAGGGCCGCACCACCAAAGUCGCCGGCGGUUGAAUCCGCAAGCCGAACCAUGCUCGACCACUCAUCCCAGCACAACCCUGCCACAGUUUCACUUCCCAGCCACAUUGCAGUGAAAGAAAUGGACAAGGGCGAAGUGACAAGCAAACCCAUGGCUGAUGAGUGCUUUGAGGAACAGGAAAUGGGCUCGUUGCCCCUAAUUCGAAUCCCGCAUAAGGCACCAGAUGCAGCCUGGCAGCCGGCCGUGCCCGCUAACAAGCCUCUUCCGAGGACUUUCAUGGUGGUCGCAAAUACGGCAAAGCACCUCGAUCUAUCUGAUCACUCGGUGGUCCGCAUCUCCUUCCCAGGCAUGCCUAUGGAAGUCAAAACAGUUACCUUCCAUUCUAGCAAUAGAGGAAGUAGUCGAAGCACAGGGCAUGGCCGCUCCAGUGGACGCAAUCGUGCUUCGGGCUCAAAUUAUCGAGGCGGGAGCGGCGGGAAAAGGGACGCCUCCAGUGGAUUUACCAACGAAUCGACGAGUAGCGCCCAAGGCCCAACCUCGUCCUUAGGAUCCAGGGGCCGUGGAGGCUACCGCACUAGAGCGGGAGAGACGUGGUCGCGGCGAUCCACUCACUCGACAAACAACUAA